CUGAGACUGCCUCAACGAGUGAUAUAAAUGUCCAAUCUCCAAACUGAGAGCCAUCUUGUCCCCAGUGGUCCCUCUGCAGGCCGAUCUCAAAUCGGUUUUGACACGUUUUACCCGUCAACCGAAUCAAGCAACACAGAGAACCACGCGCAGGGAUAACCAGCAACAUGUGCGGCGAACAAACUCCCUCAGUGGCUCCUCGCAUCGGCGCCCGCGUCGACUUCUUCUCUCCCUCACCACAAGGCCACCUCCCGCUCGGCAACCUGCUCUUUCUCAACCCUACCUCCCCAUCCAGCUGCCAUGCCACGCACGUCCGCUUUCAGCACGCCAACCACCCAGCACUUGACGAACCAAUAUUGGUGUCAAUCCACACAACAGGCGAUCUCACGGAGCCCCUCGGCGACGCAGGCGUGAUGAAGCAGUUCACGCUGCGCCACACCCCAUACAAUAUCACCCAAGGCGUCGAUAUGCCCCUCGGAGCAGCCUUAUCCCUCAACGUGGGCAACAACGGCAUCAUUGGGCGGCGGGUGUCGAUGCGGAGGGGCGAGGAAGUGUUGGCUGAUGGCAUUGUGGGGUUUAACUUCGCCCCGGCGGUGUCUGCUCCUUGAUAGAUGUGGUCUUGUCUGCCAUUUCUAUACUUUACAAACGGGGAUCAUGGGCGGUGUAUGGCGUUUCUGAGUUGCUUUAUGUGUUGGGCGUACCACUCUUUGUGGUUGGGUAGUUCCGCUGCGAAGGUUCUGGCGGCCAAAGUCUCUGUAUAUCCAUGAAUUGUUACUUCGGGUUCACAAGGGACGGACAGUCAUCACACAAGAGGUUCCGCACUCACGUUUGACGAAGCCCAAGAGAC